UAACCUACAUCGUAAACAUGCGCUGUUCAUGUCGUGAAAAUGGAACUCGCCAAAUGGUGAAAUAGAAGAAAUAUUUCCUUAUUUUAAUUUCAUAUUCGUUGUCUUGGAUAAAAUGUACGAUUUCAAACGAAACAAAAAUAACAGAAAACGCUUUACUUAGUUCAACGUGAUCGUUAGUGAUCGCUCCCCGUAAAAUUUCUUCUUCGUUCUAUUUUCAACCUAACCUAAGUUGUAAACAUGCGUUGUUCGCGUUGUUAAAAUUAAACUGCCUAAAUGGAAAACGAAGUGAUGGAAUGUAACGCGAGCACUAAGCGGGAAGCGCCGAACGUACUGGUAACUGGCACGCCGGGCGUUGGAAAAUCGACGCUGUGCAAAAAACUCUCCGAAUUAACGGGCAUGCAGUGGUUGGAAAUAUCCAAAGUGGCAAAAGACAAUAACUGCUUGGAAGAAUACGACCAGGUGUACCAGUGCCCGGUAUUAGACGAGGAUAAACUUUUAGACGGCUUGGAGGAAACUAUGAAUCGGGGCGGCAAUAUCGUCGAUUAUCACAGUUGCGAAUUUUUUCCAGAAAGAUGGUUCGAUGCCGUCUUUGUAUUAAGAACAGAUAACACCACACUAUAUGAUAGAUUAACGGGGAGAGGUUACAGCGGGAAAAAGCUGGAAGAUAAUAUAGACUGUGAAAUUUUUCAAGUUAUUUUGGACGAAGCUAACAAUUCUUAUAAGCAAGAUAUUGUUCAGGAAUUAACCAGUGUGUCAUCUGAAGAUUUGCAGAAAAACAUUGAAACAAUUUGCUUGUGGCUGCAACAGUGGUUUCAAAAUAGCGGUGCGUGAUAAGUAGAAAAACAUGAUCAAACUACAAU